CCGUAUUGUUUGUCCUACACAUCGCAGCAUUUGGUUUUGGCAGUCAGUAAUCGGCACGUGGAAAUAACGAUGCUCGGACUGUCACGGAGCCGAACUGCGGUGUCACGACGCUGCCGUCUGCUGCAUUGUCGCUACGUUCAUUCAGAAAACAACGAGAGAGCCACUGUUCUGGACAAUGUGCUCUCCACAUUCAGGUCAAUAUGUGGAGAGGAUGGCAUGUCAUUAGGUGAAGCUAUAAGAGAGCAACAUGGCAAAGAUGAGUCUGUACACAGAUGCCGCCCUCCAGAUGUGGUGGUGUUUCCUCGUUGUGUGGAGGAGGUCAGCGCCCUUGCAAAGGUUUGCCACAAGCACCGCCUUCCCAUCAUCUCCUUUGGCACUGGGACCGGGCUGGAAGGAGGCGUAGGUGCAGUAAAUGGUGGAGUGUGCUUCAGUCUGAGGAACAUGGACCAGAUCCUUGAUCUUCACCAGGAGGACUUUGAUGUGACGGUGGAGCCCGGUGUGACUCGGAAGCUCCUCAAUUCAUACCUGCGAGACACUGGCCUGUGGUUUCCUGUAGAUCCUGGAGCUGAUGCAUCGUUGUGUGGAAUGGCUGCCACUAGUGCAUCUGGCACUAACGCAGUGCGUUACGGAACUAUGAGGGAGAAUGUGAUGAACCUCGAGGUGGUGCUGGCUGAUGGGACCAUCAUACACACAGCUGGAAAAGGUCGACGCCCCAGGAAAACCUCGGCAGGCUACAACCUGACAAACCUGUUCGUGGGCUCGGAGGGAACCUUGGGGGUCAUCACAAAGACCACGCUGCGUCUGUAUGGCAUUCCCGAGGCUAUGGUGUCGGCUGUCUGCUCGUUCCCCUCUGUCCAAGCUGCUGUGGACAGCACGGUGCAGAUCCUGCAGGCUGGAAUACCUAUCGCUCGCAUCGAGUUUUUGGAUGAUGUGAUGAUUGACGCAUGCAAUAGGUUCAGCGGUUUGUCCUACCCUGUGACCCCAACACUGUUUCUGGAGUUCCAUGGCUCAGAGCAAAGCGUGGAGGAACAAGUCAGCUCGGCUGCGGACAUCACCCAGAGUAACGGCGGAGCGGAUUUUCAGUGGGCUCAAGAUGUAGAAACAAGGAACCGGCUGUGGAAAGCUCGUCAUGAUGCUUGGUACGCAGCUCAGGCUCUCAGACCUGGCUGUAAGGCCUACUCCACUGAUGUGUGCGUCCCUCUGUCCCGACUGCCUCAGAUCAUUGUGGAGACGAAGCAGGACCUGACUGAGAACAAACUUACAGGUCCCAUAGCGGGUCAUGUAGGUGAUGGGAACUUCCAUUGUCUGAUGGUGGUGGAUCCCAACGACCCAGAGGAGCUGCACAGCGUCCACCUGUUCAGCGAGCGGCUGGCCAGGCGAGCCCUGGCCAUGGACGGUACCUGCACAGGUGAACACGGCGUGGGCUUAGGGAAGAGAGCCCUGCUGUGUGAAGAGGUGGGACCCAUGACUAUUCAGCUCAUGCAGGGUCUGAAGGACACAAUUGACCCCAAUAACCUCAUGAAUCCAGAUAAAAUUUUGCUGCCUAGAAAACUUUAGACAAAAAAUAUAGACUGGUAUUUUGGUGUGUAUUUGACACACAUUAAUAAAACAAUUUUCUGGUAACACAUGUCUGACACUAAGGGAUCAGUGACUAAAAAUAUCAGUGCGAAGACACGCAACUUACAUCUGGAAUGGUCGUGUGUACCUGAUUGUCACGUUUACCAAGGCAUUUGUUAAAAAAUGAAAGCAAGGAAAUUGUUUUUAUUUUUCACAUUCAAAUUAAUUGUGGCAACAGACUUUCUCUGUGUCUCUAGGUAGCUACACAGUCACUGCACUAUACUGUGACUGAGCCCUUAGGCUGCAUCUUGACAUCAAAUAAUGGUUUUAAACUAUGUCUGUUUCCUGUUACCCUCCUAAACUCUGAAAAAAAUGUUGAGUGUCUUUGUGAGAGGGAUGGUCAUUGAGGCUUCCAGGUUGCUUUUUUUUUGAAGACAUUCAACUGAACAUGAAAUUUCUCUUUUUGAAUGUCUAAUUAAAAUGAUUCAGCAAUGAAGCAAUACUUAGCUCCACCUUGGGGUGGCAGUGGUGCAUCUCCAUAGCAUGUUUGAGUCUUUAGGUUUAUUGCUUGGAGCUUUAGUGAUGAGAAUGAAAUAUCCAGUACAUGCACAGUACAGUAUAUAGAACCUGGGUUAGUUAAGGGCCUCUGUUUGUAUAAACAUGAAUGUAAAUUAUACACAGCUCUUCCAGCUUUUUGGAAAAGCUCACUUCACAUUUAUGCACAAUUGGGCUCUGAUCACUGAUUUACAGUCACUGUACAUUUUAGGAUAAUUGCAAAAACCAGUGAACUUAAACAGACAACUAUAUGGAGCUUUAGGUGUAUAGGUGACAGACGGUGUUUAAAGUGAGACACUUUUUUAUAAUGCAGCACUUAAUACACUAAGUCAAUAAUUAUUGGUCUUGUAACUUUUUCACACUUUGGUAAAUUCUGUCUGACCAUUAAAAUAAACUAUCACAGUGUCAAAACUUGUUAAUCAGUUUGUAGCUUUAGCCAUGUUCCAUUUUUUUCUUAACAGUUUUAUUAAUAUUUUACAUGCAUAUGCAUGUGAUUGUAGAGCCACACUGUGAAUUACUCAGUUCAUUUACAUUGAAGGGAGGGGAUUUGGGCCGGUUCCGUUUUCAUAGUUUUCCUCAAAACCUGAUUUAGGGUAGAGUUUUCUCUUCCCUGAGAACUUGCUGUCAUUAUAACAAGAAGGAUUAACACCUACUGUUAAGAUGUUGUCUUCUAGGCUUGCUAAGAAUGUACACGACAGGCUAUGUUCCUGUGAAGACAGACCAAAUGGAGGAAAAAACAUCUUAAUUACACGCACGCACGCUCAGAGACGUGCGUACGCGCCGGAUUAGACCAAGUAAUCUCAAACUGAACGUGAGCCAGUAAUCCCAGUCAUUUAGCAUAUGGUCCCAUAGCAGUGUCAUCACAGUGUCUCCUCCACGGAGUAGGAGUCAGGUCAUUGUCACAACACUAAUACAAGCAUGUUAAAUGCUUAACGUUUGGUUUAUGUAUUUCGCUUACAAAUAUAUAAAUAUAUGCUUUCAACAUAUCCAGAGGUUACUCUAUUUCACUGGGCUCAGUGAAAUAGAGUAACCAUUCAAACUGUCAAACACUGACACUAGAAAACUUGAAAAUUAAACGAUUUUGCAGUGUUUUUUUUUUUUAGAUUGAACGUGCAGACUAUUAAAUGAUCUUCAUCCAUGGUAACCUACACUCUGUACUGUCCCUGAAUGCACCAAACACUACAUGAAUGGCAGAUAAGGUAAUAUUGAGGCUCAGGCCUUAAUGGCUGCUGAUUUUAAUCACAAAUGUUCUCUUUUACCUACAAAGGCACCCAGGUACAUCCCUUGUAUCCUGAAAAGGUGCGGAAACAGGCCAAUGACCUGCUUACAUUACAGAAUAUCCAGAGUUCCUUCACGGAAAAACAACAGGUAAAAACAAAGGACUGGGAGUCGGGGCUCUAUGCUUUCAUUUGAUUUGGAAGCUUUUCGUGUAAGUGAGCAGGUUUAUACAGGAAAACACACUAACGCAAAAAAUAGACAAUAUAGGCUCAGAAGCUGUAUAAUAGGGGGCAGUGUGUCCUUUAUAAUGUUCUCCUGACUAAAAUGAAGAAACGAGGUAUGUAUCCAAUUCUCAAUCUAACUAAUGCAAGGAGCCUGAUUUAAAUAAACACUAUAAUUCAAUAUU